CACAAAAUGAGGUGCUUGACUGCCUUGGCUUUGAUUUUGCUACUGGCUGACUUGGUUUUGGGCCAGGACUACGAUGAUGUUCAAAAUAAUAACUAUAAUUUUAAUGCACGAAAGAGGCAUUUUGAAAAAAUCAAUAAAGCCAUUUGCUACUCGAAGCCAGACUAUGGCAAAUGCAAAGGAAAUCGACAGCUCUGGUUCUUCAAUAAGUACAAGAUCAAGUGCGAGAAGUUCACAUACUCGAAUUGCGGCGGAAAUGAAAAUCGUUUUUAUACCAAAGAUGAAUGCGAUAUAUUUUGUACUGAAAAGUCCAAGGAUUGGCUGAGAAAGGAUACCGCCCAUGUGGCUUGAUUUCCA